AUGGAAGAUUUUAAUAAAACUACUUACAAUGUAAAUACAAGGCUUGAUAUCAUUGGAAAAUCAGAGAAUAAUUUUCCCCUUCAAGUCAUUGAAAUAACAGCAUUAAAUGACACAGAAAAAUUGGGGGUCCCAAAUGUAAAACUAAUCGCCAACAUUCAUGGAAACGAACCAGCUGGUAGAGAAGUUUUAAUUAGGUUUUUGGAGUAUUUAAGAGAUAAUUACCGUAAAGACAAAACCGUGACUUGGCUCUUGGAAAACACGAAAAUCCACGUUCUACCCGCCAUGAAUCCAGAUGGCUUCGAUCAGUCAUUCGGCUCGGUAAAAACCGGAGGAAGGGGCAGAGAAAAUCGAAAGAAAAUUGAUUUAAAUCGAUCCUUUCCCGAUUAUUUUUUCCCCGAUUUUUAUAAAAACAGCAUAAAAGCAGCGGAAUCUGAAGCUGUCAUGGAAUGGAUGGAAAAGGUUCCUUUUGUUUUGUCUGCUGGGUUCCAUGGUGGUUCUCUGAUAGCCAAAUAUCCGUUUUCUGGAGUUAAAAAAACAAGUUCAGGGCAAAGUAUAGAAUCCAAAACACCAGAUGAUGAUGUAUUCGUUCAUUUAGCGAAAACCUAUUCUUUAAACCACGAAACAAUGCACAAAGAAAGAUGUAAUAAAAAUGAUACACUCUUUAAAAAUGGCAUUUCAAAUGGGGCAAAAUGGAAUUCAUUAAAUAAAAAAAAUUUAAAUGGUGGCAUGGGAGAUUACAAUUAUGCUUAUGAAGGGUGCAUGGAGGUUUCUUUAAAAAUAUCGUGUUGGAUAUACCCGGAACCCAAAGAAUUAGAGAAUAUAUGGAAGGAAAAUAAAAACGCUCUCAUAGAAUACUGUAAGAAAGCCAAUAUGGGUGUCACAGGACAAAUUUUGGAUUCAGAAAAUAACAAACCUAUUGAAGGUGCGAAAUUAAAAAUUAUGGGAAGAGAUAUGACGUUCAAAAGCAAAACUAAAGGACAAUUUUGGAGGAUUCUAUUACCAGGAAAUUAUACUAUAGAGGUUGAAGCUGACGGAUACCACGAUAUUCAAGUUGAAUUCAGAGUGAAAAAACAAACGUCAGAAUUUCCAAAGUUGACAUUUUUAACGAUACAUAUGUUGAAUUCAUCGAUUUCCACGACUACAAGAACUACUACCAGUACUAGUACUACUACUACUACCACCACAAAAACACCCAAAAGUACUACAACUAUAAGAAACAUGUUAGGUACUUUGGACGAAAAACUGCUUCGUUCUGAUUAUGUCAAAUCUGGAUCAUUGUCUGUUGUUUACUUCAAAUUUUAUGAAUGUUUUGUAAUUUUUUUAACGGUAAUAUAUUAUUUGUAACAAUUGAUUAUUUUAA